GGCGGGGCCGAGGGGCGGUGCUAAGAGGGUGGAGCAAGGGGCGGGGCCUCGAGGCGGGUGAGAACGGAAGUAGAGCGCGUCAUUUCCGUCUGCGUCAUUUCCGUCUGCAGUGUAACCGAAGAGUCCGGCGGAGCUCCGGACUGCAGCGAUUGACAGGACUUUCAAAUGCCUUGGGAAGAGGAGUCAGAACUUACAGAGAGGGAUAAUGCUGCCAGAGUCAUUCAGAAGGCCUGGAAAUGUUUCCUUGCAGAGCUUCUAGAUGCUGCUGCUGGCGUUCAUGUACGAUUCAGAUUAGGUGGUGUUAAAUUUCCACCUGAUAUAUACUAUAAAAUUUUCACUCAUAGACAUAUUGAAGAUCUGUGUGCUAAUAGCCCUAGAGAUUAUACAAAACUUCCAGCAAAAUAUACAUCUCAUAUUAAAAGUGGCGAUCUUCAGGAAGAGGAUCGUAGUGGCUGGUAUCGUCGUGUAGAGAACAAUGGCUGGAGGCCUGUCUCUGAUACAUUUUGGGUGUCUGCUGAAAAUGUAGAGGUGGGAGAAGAAAAAGAAAUCGAAUUCCAUUUCUCUAAACUGAAGAGAAGGCAAGAUAUGGAAAAGAAAAGAAAAAUUAGAAAGAUAGAAUGGAUGAGGAAAAUGUACUAUGCAGGAAGCCUAGAGGCUAAGUCAACAAAUCGUAGAACUCUAGAUUUAAUUCACACGGCAACCAAGGGGCUAAUGAGAGCUGUCGAAGGCGGUGGAAUAGAUUCUGUGAUGGAAUGGGAAGUGGAGGAAGUGCUGACCUGGACAAACGCACUGAACUUUGAUGAGUAUAUUGCCAACUGGAAGGAAAUUGCUACAAGCAACUCUUCAGAUAACUUCAAAAGUUACACAUUUGAGCAACCAUGGAAAAACAGAUAUGACUAUGCAGAUGUAUCAGAGGAGAAAAUGGGAACACCAGAAGAUAAUUUAGAUGGAAAUAUUUAUAAAAAAACAAAUGCUACUAGAUUAACACCCGAUUCCACUUACGGAAUAUAAAUAUGAAGUAUUCUGCUUUUCUGAGCUAUAGCCCCUCAAGCCUGGAUUCUAUUGGUCAUAGUCAAGAGAUAGUUUAUUCUGACUGGAACAACUUGCAUAUUCUCGGCACAGAAUCUAUGCAGCUCAAUUAAGUAAGGAAGCCUAAAGAGAAAUAGGACAUCAGACUGAAUCCAAUGGUCAUGGAAAAUGUAGAAAUUACUCCUUGUAUUCUAACAGUCCCACUUGAAUAAAUACA